AUUUCACAGUGUAACGGCAAAAUUUCACCCCAUUUCUAUUAAACUGAUUAUAUUAUACUAUCACACUAAAUAAAUUUACUAAUAGUAGUGAUAGUAGUAGUAGUAUCAAUUAUAAUAAUCUUGAGCAGAUUCGUCAACAGUUCAAUUUAGUUCAUAGUAGCGGCUGUCGUUGUAGCAGUGGAGGGGUUGAAUAAAAACUUCGACUUCAGCCGAGGCCAUCAUUACUCCCAUCCUGUUUCUUGUUUCAGCAAUCGCUUCCAUACAUUUAUAGUUAGUCUAGUUUUGUACAAGCGUCACGCAUACUCGUAUCUUGUUUAGUAAAUAGUGUAUUGAUGUCUAAAACACCUUAUAUUUUUUCUUCUGGUUACUUACUUAAAUUAUUUUACGUCUCUUUGCCUUGUUUCGCCUCCGAACCAAGAAUAUUACCAGCACAAAAUUGUGUUCGAAGAGCCAAGUGAAAACAGAAGGGGGCAAACAAAAAAAUCUUCACAGAAAUUUUCUUACCGUCCAACAUUCCUUGUCACAUCUUUCUGAUUUCCCUUCCUCUCCAACAAUAUGUUUGCAAUAAUUACAGAAGUGGCUGAGGAAUCUGAUCCCAGUUCAGAAGGCAGCAUGAUAUCUUUACUGGAUAUUGCAGUUGUUAGUACGCUUAUAGGAUUGGCUUUUUAUUACCUUUUCUGGCGGAAAACAGAAGAUUCAAUGGAUUUUCAAAGACUGAAUAUUGUCCCAGCUGCAAAAACAGAAGACAGUGGAUUAAUAGGAAAGAUGAAAACUUUGGGAAAGAAUGUUGUGGUAUUUUAUGGUUCUCAAACUGGAACUGCUGAGGAGUUUUCUGGGUGUUUAGCCAAGGAUGCUCUACGUUAUGGUAUGAAAGGUCUGGUCAUGGAUCCAGAGGAAUGCAAUAUGGAAGAACUAAGUAAUUUUUCUGAAAUAGAGAAUUCCCUUGCUAUAUUCUGUAUGGCAACAUACGGUGAAGGAGACCCUACAGAUAAUGCUCAAGAGUUCUUCAAUUUGUUGCAGCAAGAUGAAAUUGAACUUAAUGGUCUUCGUUAUGCUGUGUUUGGUCUUGGAAACAAAACAUAUGAACAUUAUAAUGCAAUGGGAAUUUUUGUAGAUAAACGGUUAGAGGAACUUGGAGCAACACGGAUCUUUGAACUUGGUUUUGGAGAUGAUGAUGCAAACAUUGAAGAAGAUUUCUUAUCUUGGAGAGAAAGACUCUGGCCAGCAAUUGGUGAAUAUUUUGGCAUUGAAGCUGUUGAGACAGAUAUAAGCUUGCGUCAAUACCAGUUGACAGUCCAUGAAGAUCUUAGUGAAGAAGAUCAAUAUUAUCAAGGAGAGAUGUUUAGAAUGGGGUCUUACACUGCUCAGAAACCUCCUUAUGAUGCUAAAAACCCAUUCCUGGCUCCAGUUGUUGUCAACAAAGAAUUAUUCAAAAAUACAGACCGUUCAUGUAUGCACAUUGAAUUUGAUAUUAGUGGGUCAAAGAUAAGAUAUGAAUCAGGGGAUCAUGUUGCUGUCUAUCCAACCAAUAAUCCAGAACUUGUUUCAAAGAUUGGUGAGCUUCUGGAAACCAAACUUGAUACUAUCAUCACUUUAACAAAUGUGGAAGCUGAGUCCAACAAAAAACACCCUUUCCCUUGUCCAACCACCUAUCGUAUUGCAUUGUUACACUAUGUUGACAUUAUGAAUCCAGUAAGAACUCAUGUCCUCAAAGAACUUGUGGAAUAUGCUAAAGACCCCAAAGAUAAAGAAUUUCUGGAAAAAAUAAGUUCAACUACACCUGAAGGAAAGCAAUUAUACAGUGAAUGGGUAAUAAAAGAUCAUCGAAAUAUCAUAGCUAUUUUGGAAGACCUGUCCUCAGUCAAACCACCCCUUGAUCAUCUUUGUGAGUUGUUACCUCGUCUGCAAGCUCGUUACUAUUCCAUUUCAUCAUCUCCUAAAGUCCAUCCAGACAGGAUUCAUAUUACUGCUAUUCUCAUUGAUUAUGUUACAAGAGAUGGUCGAAAAAUACAGGGUGUCACCACUGGGUUCCUUAGUCUGAAGAAAUCAUCCAAUGGCGAUUGUCCUCGAGUGCCAAUCUAUGUACGCAAAUCACAGUUUCAUUUACCAUUUAAACCAUCCACAGAUAUUCUUAUGAUUGGUCCUGGUACAGGUGUGGCACCAUUUAGAGCUUUCAUUCAAGAACGAGAUUUCCUCAAAAGUCAAGAUAAAGUUGUUGGUGAUACUAUUUUGUAUUAUGGAUGCCGAAACAAAGCUAAUGACUUCCUUUAUGAAGAAGAACUAAAUCACUUUAUUGAGCAGAAAUCUUUGACCAAACUCCAUUUGGCUUUCUCAAGAGACACUGCUAAAAAAGUCUAUGUCCAACACCUUUUGAUGGACAAUCGGGAAGAAACUUGGAAAUUAUUGAGUUCAGGUGGACAUAUAUAUAUCUGUGGUGAUGCACGUAAUAUGGCCCGUGAUGUCUACGACACAUUGAUAUCAAUAAUAAUGGAGUUUGCUAAGUUACCUAGCAAGCCUGAAGCUGUUGAAUACAUGAAGAAGAUCCAAGCAAAAGGUGGUUAUUCCUGUGAUGUAUGGAGCUGAAAAAGAAAGUUAUAUUUCUACACAUAAACAAAUUUAUAAACACACAUUAUAUUCAUAUGUUUUUUUUUUAAUGAAAUGUUAUUUCUUUAACAAACGCUGAUAAUAAAAAAUAUUUUUAAGACUAACCUUUA